AUGAAGUUCAUCACCGCAUUCCUAAUCGUCGUCGCGAUUUCGCAGGUUAACGCGACUUCCGUCGACAACGAUGGCAACUCAACAACAACAGCGCCCCCGGUGCCAGCGCGACCAUUUCGCAUCGUGACGGGUGACAGUGAUGCAGCAACCAGCGAACCCACCGAUACUCCUCAGACAUUCGGCCCCGUGGUGGCGGCUGCUACGACCAACUCAGCGACAAGCUCCUCUGGAUCAGCAAGAGAUCGAUCAACCGCCACCACACCGACCCCGGAAUUGUUUCGUGCGUCGGUGGUCGCUGCUACAACCAACUCAACGACCACAUCCCCAGUUGAGACCCCGGUGUCGACAUCUACUGGAUCCACGACCUCAAAUUCUGGUAUUCGUGUAGCCACGCAAGUCGCUCCAGCAUUAUCGACUGCUAACGUGAACUCGGCAGCUACAGCUUCAGGAUUCUCACUAUCAACUGCAGCUACGCUGUCAACAGGGACGCUUGAUAAGGCAACGUCAACGGGAGCUGCAGAUACUUCCUCUAGCGCUACAAGCAGCAAAGUUGAAGCUCUGCCGUCAUCGCCAACCAACAACGUCACAGGAGGGUCUGUAUUGGCCGAAACUUCGAGUAGUUCGGAGCUCGGCGAUACGGACAUCAACGCCACCAUCAGCAUUGCCGACUCGGAGGAUGAAGCUGGCUCACUCAAUGAUUUCGAGUCCGCUACAGUCCUCACUUCGGCUUCUGGUAGCGCUGCCGGCUCAAGCACAAGAGAAACUGAAGGUAGUACAAGCAACGCCGGGGGCCACGAUGAAAGCGAAGCCAGCGGGUCAGAAGUUAGCUCGGGCAUCGGCGCUAUGGCCGGCGGCGUAUCGAUGCUAUCAAUUGUGAUGGUCAUACUUGCUCUCUAA